AGUGAUGUCGAGCAAGGAGAUCUCGUGGACGAACUCUGGCAGGACCAAUCUAAGAGGCGUGAGAUUCGCCUCGGAGAAUGGGUCCACUCUUGGGAUACCCCUCGCGAAGAAGACUUGAUUCAAAAUUUUAUGUCAGCAGAACCAUCGAAAGAAUUGGACGACAUUCUACGACCUCAUAUUGCUUCGCUUCAGAAGCUCCUUGAUAGUCUUGACUUGAACCAGUGUGAUGCGGAGGCAUAUCCUGUGAUAGACUACAUCUUGCGGUCGAAGAAGAACCUAGAUGGUGUGGGUGCAUACAGCAUACCAUUUUGUGGCGACAUCUCAUCUCACGAGUAUGCAAAAAUCGCACGUUGGUUCGCUGAGAACAUUCCCGGUGCCUCCGGUCAAGUCGAAAAAUGGCUCGGUGGCAUGCCUUUAGUGCACGCUUUCACUCUCGUUGUUGCUCAUCGAAAGGCUGGUUAUUUCCAAAAACGCGUCGAAGCUCAGAACGAGGAAUGGAACAAUAACGAGCUUUUGAAGAUGGCUUGGGCUGAUCUCAUGAUAAGCUAUCCCGCCGACAGUUUCGUGGCUGACGUAGACCUCGAGUGUCUGACCACACUGGAAGCAAGGAUGUUCGAGGAUUCCGAAGAAGCAGGACUUGCAGGCAACCGGCAGUGGGGUUUGGAUGCUGGUCAACAUCACAGGCGGUGGGGCGUGUAUCUCAACAUUCCUACUGAGUGGGUUCUGGGCAGAGAUUACAGCGAGAGUGAACUUGAGGUAAGGAAAAUAUUACCUGCUCUGUUCAAUAAGUCUCUAACCGAUGUGAUUGACAGCGCGGCCCUUUAUUCAGCGACAACUCUGAUGCCACGUCUGCAGACGAGUUGUCCGACAUUGUAG